AUGAACGCGCGUCUUCUAUCGCCAAGUCGUGGGCACGGUCAACGGAAAAAAGAAUACGAUGCCGACGGCCUGGAAGCGACGACGUCGAGAGCGGAAGAGGAUUUGGAGUGCGACAGCGAAGACGAACGGAGUAAUAUUUGGACGAACAUAAAAGAAAUGACGUUCAAGGAUUUAAAAGUGAUGUUUGAAGCGACGAUUGGACGGAAGAGCGCGUAUACGGAGAAGGAUCGAGCAAAGUUAGAAAAGAGCACGUACGAGAUUUUAUCGGGGUCGUUGGAAGGCACACCGAGAGGUGCGCAUGACGAGAGCAGCAGCGAUGAUGAAGAAGGAGGAAUAGGCAAACGAGAAGAAGAGGAGAAGGAGAAAGUGGAAGAGGAGAAGUUCAAGGCGAAAAAAAGUUCGCAGCAGAUUUCGGAGGAAGACAAGAAGUGGGUGCAGAAGUUCACAUGUCCUCGCUGCAAAACGACGAUCAAUCCAAAAACGAAGACGGCGUUCACGUCGAAAAAACAAGUGACUGGUCACAUGGCUCACUGCAAGAAAGUACCUGAACAGCAACAGACGAGAUCGAAGGCUGCGUCAGGGAAGAGUGAGAAAAAGAGAACGUUGGAGAUGAGAGCAGAAGAAGAGGAAAAGGAAGCGGAGAACAAGAAGAAGGCGAUACGUGUCAUCGAUGACAUGCUUAAAAAGAAGCAGAAGUCGACAUCGACGCAAAUCCCAAAACGAAGCAGCACUUUAUUGGACGUGGUGAUGAGAAAAGAAAUACCACCCGUGAAAACAAUUGUCAACGGUGGUCCGCCGCCGGUUAUUCCAAAGCUUACUAUCUCUUCGACGGCAAUGGAUCCGCCACUGCCGAGAUAUGUCCAGCAACAAAAGCAAACACAGCAAACACAACAAACACAACAAAAAGCCGACGAGAACAAACACUUGCACGAUUUCAGAAUUGAGAUGCCGUUUGGAUUCGUAGCCCCGGAAAGAGCAGAACCGUGUCUGCUCAUCAAGACGAGUGCACGAAACGUCACAGAAAGGGAACUGACUAACUUAUUCCGAUUCUUCGAAGGAUUUCAGCACGUAACGGUUCGUGACGAUACUUCCUUCUUCGGCGCUGGAGGAGAAAAGAAAGUUAUUCACGUACAAUUUAGGGAGAAAGAAAAUGCGGCGUACGCGAAGAGCAAAACGGAUAAGUUCAUACUGGACUCCAAGGAUCCAAUCAACUCUGUGCUCAAUAUUGGAUACUUCGCUGGGUACACACCACCUUCCUCCGCGACGGCUCGGGAUGCGCACAUGGCGACCACGACUUAUCCAAGCGCCUCCGCGGAUAAUCCUUUUUCUGCAGCGGCAAAAUUAGCAGAGCCGCCUGAUGGUUUGUAUUGUGAUUUGUGCGGGGUGAAGUUCGCAGGAAAACACCAUAAGGAUGCUGUGAUCGAGAAUUGUUGGAAUCAACACGCAAAAACUAACUGUCACCAACAAAACUUGAAGAGCAAGAAAAUUGAAGGCGCGGAGUAUUUCAGACCCAAAAUUACACAUCAUCCUGUCACCGGUUCUAUUCAGUUGAUAUGGAGCUGUGAUUGCUGCCAAGUGACAACGGGUUUGUAUGGGAAAAAUCUCUGGAAUGGGCACGCAUUCGGAAAGAAGCACGCGGAAGCUAUGCGAGAAAAAAGUUUGUCAGCGAACGCGACGAGAUCUACUCACACGCAAGAUCCCCGGUUGAAACCGAGUGAAAAUCCCGACGACGAUCUCGCGAAAGAUACAAGUCCUUCGAAAACGCCUACGGCUAGAAAUACUCCAGUCUCGGGGCAACUGGGAGAAAGCGAGUCCAAGAGCGAUUGGCUUCAAUUUAAGGAAGCUCGCUUGAAGAAGAUUACGCCUUACGAAAAAGAAAGCACUGAUUUCAUAGACGAACUGCCGAUGGAUGGAGGGAAGAAAGUAAACGUGGAAGUAAGUCUCGAUGGAUGCGAUGCGAGUUACUUCGACGAGCGGAUGGUGGGCGAUUUGAAGAGAAAGAUUAUGGAGGAAGAUUCCGGUUUUGUGGUGAAAAAAUUCAACGAGAGGAACGUCAUUUGGUUAUACGGAAAUAAAACGAGCACAAAAUCCGCUUGGUUGCGUACUCGUGAACUCAGGCACAUUGCGGCAAAGUUGAGCGAACGACGGGUAAAUACCACGGGCAUAUGGAAGUUAGAUGGUCUCAGAACCUUGGUUUCGAAAGGAUUGAUAAAAGAGUACAAACCGGAAAUUACAGCAUUCAUUGACGACGAAACCAAGUACAAGAGAGACACCGAUGGUAAAAUAACAAUCGCUGAAGAGGUCGGUAACAUGCUGGGUAUGCUAAAAGGAUCAAAAUAUGUCACACAAAGACAAACAGAAGAAUACCUUGGACAAAAACUCAAAGUUAAGUACGAGAUAUUGGAGAUCGGCGAGGUAAAAUUCACCGGGUACCCUGAAGGCGUCGCAAAGGCGUGGUUACUCAUUCGCGAGUUUUGUUUUCUCGGUGCAGAAGAAGGGAGAAAAAGGGAGAGAGAGGCGCGAAUAGAACGAGAACGAAGAGCGGAGGUUGUGAAAAACAAACCGGCGCGUAACACCAGAUCGUGCCCGCAUUACGAUCCCAAAACGAAUAAAUGCGGUUGGGCGAACUCUUUCAAAAAUCGCGGGCGCACCGCCUGUCGAUACUGCAGAAACGACAGCAGGUGA